UUGUUGGGCUGUCCGCUUCAGCCUCUUUAGGGAGCUUAUCCUGAGCGACUCAAAGCAGCUGAGCUGAACAACUCAGCCCUCAACGGGCAAAGUUUGCAGUUUGCAGUUGCAGUCAGCCCUCAAGAAGGUCCAAGCCGCCAAACUGCCAAAGGGACCCGUAAAAACCAGAAAAUUGGUGCACUCGAAGAAGCGGGAGAGAAAGAGAAAAGACUGGAGAGUUGAGAUGGGAGGAGAAUCCAUCAAGUCUCUCAAUCCCAACUGGGCUCUACUGCAACAGAAACUGAAAAGCCAGGGCCCUAAUCCAUCUAAACCUUCAGUUAGUUCCGGGAGAGAAACCCUAAACAGUGUAUUAGGAAAACGUAAAGAGAGAUCGAAUGCGGAGCAUGAUUCUCCGAACCUGUCUGCAAUCACCCCAACUAACUCUGAUUGCAGCUUGACAAAUGCCAUAGCCAUGGACUGUGAAAUGGUUGGUGUCAGUUCUGAAGGAAACAAAAGUGCCCUUGGUCGGGUUUCCUUGGUGAAUAUGUGGGGGAAUGCCAUUUAUGAUGAGUAUGUUCGCCCAGUAGAGCGUGUUGUUGACUUCCGUACUAAAAUAAGUGGGAUUCGACCCCGUGACUUGAGGAAAGCAAAGGACUUCCAAGCUGUUCAGAAGAAAGUAGCAGAGUUGAUCAAAGGAAGGAUCCUUGUAGGCCAUGCCUUACGCAAUGAUCUUAAGGCAUUGCUGCUAAGUCAUCCAAAGAAGGACAUCCGGGAUACCUCUGAGUAUCAACCCUUUUUAAGCAGGGAAGGGCGUAAAAGGGCACUUCGAGAUCUUGCAGCAGAGUUUCUUGGUGUUAAGAUCCAAAAUGGGGAGCAUUGCCCUAUAGAAGAUGCCCGGGCUGCAAUGCUACUUUAUCAGAAAAACAAAAAGGAGUGGGAGAAGAGCAUUAAAGACCACUUAAGGCUGAAGAAGAAACAGAAGAACCGUAAGCAAAAGAAGAAACAGAAGCAGGGAGAUGGUGCAGAUCUCAACAACAGCAUAUCUGUAUCCUAGAGCAUGAACUUGCAAGUUGCAAGCAGGAGUCCCGUUAAUGGCUCUACAAUAUCUAGAGUUGACUAAACCUUGUGACUAAAGAAAUGUCCAUUGAUUUGGUCCUGAGGAAAAGACAAGAUACCUGGCUGCCAGCUUGCCACCAUCACUUCAACAUGGUAUGCUAUAUCAUUGGCAUUGCCAAGGGUGCCGCAAGGGUCUAAUGCUUAAUAUGUUGUACAUUUUCAUUGGAUAAUACUCAUCAUAAAUUAUCGAAUGAAGCGUUCAUAGGCCUAUUUCUUUUCUCAUAGGUUCUGAACUUC